UUGUCUGGAGUUUAUGAACUCUCUGCCGGCAACAAGCAAAAAAGCGCAAAAAUAAAAACAGAAUGUGCAGAAAAAAUAACACACGAUAAAGACUCAAAAAUUAAAAAUUUAUUUUAAAUAAAAAUAGAUCAAGUUUGCAAUUUUGCGAAAUCCAUUUGAAUUGGAUAGAUUUUGGCAAAAGCUAAUUUCUAAAGAUAUAUAUAAAUAUAAUAUUUACUUAGUUUAAUGAAACUUCUGAAACCAAGCUGGGUACAUCAUGACGAUAAGCCAAUUUUCUCCGUCGAUGUACACCAGGAAUGCCUCAAAUUUGCUACUGGUGGUCAAGGGUUGGAUUCGGGACGUGUCGUGAUAUGGAAUUUACUGCCAGUAUUGUCCGAGAAGAUUGAGCAGGAUGAGAGCGUACCAAAAAUGCUUUGUCAAUUAGACAAUCAUUUAGCUUGCGUAAAUUGUGUACGCUGGUCACCAAAUGGCCAAAUGCUGGCGUCUGGUUCGGAUGACAAAUUGGUUAUGAUUUGGAAAAUGUCCAAGGGACCCAGCGGAGUUUUCGGUAGUGGCGGUCUUCAAAAAAAUGCAGAAUCUUGGAAAUGUGCAGCAACACUACGCGCACAUUCAGGUGAUGUAUUAGACUUGGCGUGGUCCCCUAAUGAGCGGUGGUUAGCCAGUUGCAGUAUUGACAACACUAUUAUCAUCUGGGAUGUACAGGCGUUUCCCAACAUGGUCACUACGUUACGCGGGCACUCUGGAUUGGUGAAGGGGGUAGCUUGGGAUCCAUUGGGAAAAUUUUUGGCAUCUCAAAGUGAUGAUCGCAGUGUUAAAAUGUGGAAGACAAGUGAUUGGAGUUGCAGUAGCACAAUUACGGAACCAUUUAAAGGUUGUGGUGGCACAACACACAUACUACGGCUGUCUUGGUCUCCAGACGGUUUAUAUUUGGUGUCGGCACAUGCUAUGAAUGGUGGUGGCCCUACAGCGCGCAUUAUAGAACGCGAGGGAUGGAAAUGUGACAAAGAUUUUGUGGGUCAUAGAAAAGCUGUAACGUGUGUGCGGUUUCAUGAUACGGUCUUAACACGACAAGCAUCCAACGCAGACCGAAAAUUACAGUACUGUUGCAUGGCGAUGGGAUCAAGGGAUCGGUCGCUGUCCGUAUGGAUGACAGCUCUAAAUCGGCCUUUGGUAGUUAUUCAUGAUCUAUUCAGUGACAGUAUUUUAGAUCUUUCUUGGGGUCCAGCCAAAUGCAUUCUGAUGGCAUGCAGCGGAGACGGAACAGUUGCUUGCUUACAAUUUUCUGAAAGUGAAUUGGGCACACCAGUUUCAGAUGAAGAGAAGAAUUCAUUGUUUCAAAAAACCUAUGGCAAAAGUGUUACCCUGGAAAAUGGAUCCACAGGUGCAGCCGAUAUACUUAUUGAAAAUCCAGAACUUCUCAAAGACGCGCUCGAAAAGCCUAAAGCUCCUACACUGCCGACAGCAAAACCCACCAUCAAUAAUCCUAUAAUAUCUCAACCAACAGUGCCAAUUGCAACUUCGAACGGACUUAAUAACUCCCCAGCUCCUACUUUGUAUGUAAGUGGCAGCGAGGAUCCAACGAGCAACUUUAACGCACUUAGAAAACAAACUGAAACUCGAACUGCUGAUGGCAAACGACGCAUCACGCCAGUUUUUGUAGCGUUGAAUCAAGAUGUCUGUGAAUCAAAAAGCGAACACGAAACUCCUUCACAAUCAGCAAAAUCUUGGAAUUCGAACAAUUCACUAUCAACGCCCGCUUUGGAAGCAUCUACUGAAGUGAAUCCAUCAGAAAUAGGCGCGUUUGCCAAACCGAUGAUAACUGAAGCGCAAGAAAUUUGCUUGGAUGCGCGGCUUAUUAAGACUACUUUAUCAGCUGCGAAAUUGCAGCCACUAAAAGCCGAAAACAAUUCUGUGAAGACCUUUCCGCUCAUUGUGACCACAAAACCUGCUGCAAACUCGAACACUGGCACAGCAGCCGUAACAACUAACCCGUUGCUCACCGGAGUUAAGCCAUAUCAAGCGUCUACGACUGGCCCCAAAUUGGUUAUAAACCUAAACACAAAAUGUGAAUUUCAAAAAACGGCUUUAGAUCACAGAGUUCACGUACACAAUGGGUACUUAAAUGCGGGCAGUGGCUUGUUAGCCAAAGUGACUGGUUAUAACAUCGUAAGACCAACCCAAAUAGAGAAAUUGUGGGAAAUCUUAGUCGGCUCACCAAUUGUCAAUUUAAAUUUCUGCCAUAAAUACGCCAUGUUGUGCAGUUUGGAUGGAACGUUACGCUUAGUGGAUAUGGAGACGGGCAAAGCCAAGCUACCGGUCAUAAGUUUGAGCACAGCUGCAGUACAAUGUGCUUUUUGCCCCAGUGGACGUUUGGUUGGCGUUGUGACGGAUUGCGGCACUUUGCGAAUUUGGCACAUUGAGGAACGUCGCAUAUUUUUGGCGGUGACCUGUCAUGAGAUCGGUGGUAAACUCGCCACCGUUGUGCAGUUCGUAAUCACGGAGGACGGAGUACCGAUGAUUUUGUUUUCAAAUGGCAAUGCGUACUCAUAUUCAGAGCAACUGCAAUCCUGGCUUGUGCUCAGCACUAAGGAUCCCAUAAUUCGACAUGGGCUACAAACAACAAUUCCUAAAGACUUUCAGAAAAAUUAUUUUUCGUACCCACUCAUAUCGACUCAAGCUGCAACGAAUACAUUUGCUGCCAAGAGCACCUCCGUAGACAUGAACAUAAAUGACUGGCAAUCGAGUGCAAAAAUAAGCUUUAUAGAGAACCAGAUUAUGCUGUCGGAAGCCAUUAACUCCUCACAUGAGUUGAUAUUCUGGUACAAUAUGUACGCCUAUCAGCUGGCAUUAAGUGGAACCGAACAACGUUUACGGCUACUGCUUGAUGAUUUAUUAGGUCCAUCGCCACUUAACGCCACACAAGAACACAAAAUACUGUGUGUGCCAAAGCACCAACUGCUGGCAAAUGUGCUGGAUGUACUUAAAACGCAUAUAAAGUGGCAACGCUUGUUCAUGGAAUACAACGAGCUCUUCCAGUUUUGUACCAAGGCAAAAUCUGUUGACACCAAUAUGGAAACCGAUGCCGUUACGGCAAUACCAGAAAUUGAUGCAGAGAUGGAAUUAUGUGCUUCGAAACCAGUUGAGCAUAGUGCUCCGAUAUAGGCUCUAAGAUGCCAGUGUUAUUGAAAUCCUAAUGCAAGAGAAAACCAACUACUGCCAAAAGUUAAAUAGUGUUGUAAUUGCUUUUUUAACCGGCACGUGGACGUUUUUUAUUGUAUAUAAAAAUAGAAACACCAACAUUAAAUUAAA